CACUUUCAAAAGGCCCAUAUUGCCCAUUCCUGGCGCAGAAGGCAAUUGCCCCAGGGCCAAAGCCACAUGUUCUGUCCAGAUAGCUACUAGCAGACGGUGGCGGCCAAGGGACAAGUAGGUACUUGCUUGUGAAUUGUGUGUCUUCAACUCUAAGCAUCACCAUGACUUCUGGCCCCGCCCGCACUUCUGGAGCUGCGUAUGACAGCUUGUCAAAGAGUGCAGCCAACUAUGUCCCCCUUACGCCCCUGAGCUUUCUGCGAAGAACAGCAGCGGUCUUUCCGGAGCGCCUGUCUGUGAUCCAUGGGCCUCGCAGGUUCACCUGGGGCGAGACCUACCGCCGGUGCUGCCAGCUGGCGUCCGCAUUGCAGAAGCACGGCGUCGGGCAGGGGGACACAGUCGCAGUGGUCGCCCCCAACGUGCCUGCGCUGUACGAGGCGCACUUUGGCGUUGCGAUGCUGGGGGCUGUGCUGAAUGCCGUCAACAUCCGUAUGGAUGCGCGCAUGAUUGCGCACUUUCUGACGCACGGCCAGGCAAAGGUCGUCAUGGUGGACAGGGAAUUUCUGGGCGUCACUGAGUCUGCCCUGGCACACGCCAGCGAGGCCGACCGCAGCUUCCGCCCAUUCGUAGUCGUCAUCGACGACGCCACCGCUGACAUCACGUGGCCCCCCAACGAGCCAUCUUAUUGCAUCCGGCGAUACACAGAGUAUGAGGAGCUGCUGGGCCGGGGGGAUCCUAACUUUCGGUGGGAGUGGCCGACAGACGAGUGGGCUGCUAUCAGCCUGAACUACACCUCAGGGACAACGAGUAAUCCGAAGGGCGUGGUGUAUCACCACCGGGGGGCGCACCUGAACGCCAUCAGCAACGCGCUCGUGUGGAGCAUGCCCCAGCACCCCAUCUACCUCUGGACGCUGCCCCUCUUCCACUGCAACGGCUGGUGCUUCCCCUGGACAGUUGCGCUGCUGGCGGGAACCAACGUCUGCUUACGUAAGGUCACUGCUGCAAACGUGUACUCUGCCAUCGCCCAGCACGGCGUGACCCACUUAAGCGGCGCCCCCACCGUACUGGGGAUGUUAGUCAACGCGCCCCCCCAGGAGAAGCGGCCCCUGCCGCAUCCGGUGGCCAUCAUUACGGCAGGCGCGGCGCCCCCGCCAACCAUCUUGACCCGGAUCGAAGAUGCGGGCUUCAAGGUGACCCACGUGUACGGCCUGACCGAGAGCUACGGCCCUGCGGUGGUGUGCGCGUGGAAGCCGGAGUGGGACUCCCUCCCGGCCACGGAGCAGGCGCGGCUCAAGUCGCGGCAGGGCGUGCCUUACCCCGCGCUCGAAGGCCUCGACGUCCUCGACCCCAAAACCCUAAACCCCGUGCGAGCGGACGGGGAGACGAUCGGCGAAGUGAUGCUAAGGGGAAACGUGGUCAUGAAGGGGUAUCUCAAAAACGAGGCGGCGACAACGGAGGCGUUUGAGGGUGGGUGGUUUCACACGGGGGACCUGGGGGUGAAGCACGAGGACGGGUACGUGGAGCUGAAGGACCGGUCGAAGGACAUCAUCAUCUCGGGGGGGGAGAACAUCUCGUCCAUCCAGGUCGAAGGCAUCCUUUUUCAGCACCCUGCCAUCCUAGAAGCCGCCGUAGUCGCGAAGCCGCAUCCCAAGUGGCUCGAGACGCCGGUCGCUUUUGUGACGCUGCGGGAGGGCAGCGAACGGUGCAGCGAGGCCGAAAUCUUGCAAUGGUGCCGGGAGAAUAUGCCCAGAUUCAUGUGCCCGUCAAGGGUAGUGUUUAAGCCGUUGCCAAAGACUGCGACCGGGAAAGUCCAAAAAUACGUGCUGCGCGAAGAAGCUAAGCGGAUGCCGGACGCAAUAGAGUCUAAGUUGUGAGAUAUCGGUGGUUCGACCUGAUAUCAUCAGAGCUGCCGUAGUAAGUACGGUCGGAUUGCUGUCUUCUGAAUUGGCAAAACCCAAAUCAAGUCGUCAACCGCUCAAUCUCCUUCCAUUAAGAUGGACCCUUGCCCAGCUUUUGCUUUGCAAGUUUUUCGGAAGUCGUUUUGUAGCGCAUAAGUGUAUCAGUGAGACUCGAAUAAAAUCAAAUAUUUAGAGACCAGGAGAAACAAAACAAGCUCAAAGACGCAUUUGCGCCAGAUCUAUCUAAGUUGGACGUUCAACAGGAUGUGAACAUAUUGUGCGUGUAAGGCGCUGUUACGCAGCGUCACAGGACCACGAUAG